CCGCGCGCCUCACACGCGAUGCAUGCGGGAACUUAGCGGAACAACGCGCGCGGGCCUCAUGGGCACCGUGCUGAGCUUCAGCCCGCGAGAGCGGCGCCCGCCCACCGCCGCACCGCCGCCUGACCGUGCCGCCCUAGCCUACUCCUACGAAAGACUCAACAACGCGAAGAACAGGGAAAACCGUGAGCUCACGCGCGACGAACGGCGAGCUACCCUCGACGAUGCCGCCAAAAUCAUUUCCGAGAAAACGGCCCUCGAGAAAAACCUCAAGAAACACUCACUGUUCAUCAAUGCACUGUCGUGGAAGAGAUUCUCCACCGCCAACAACAACAAGAAGAAGUUGGAAUGCAAAAGCAAGAGCGUGACGACGUUCAGGGCGCCGCUGACGGACAAUGCGCCGCUCGAUAGGAAUAAGAAUGUCAGCGUUGGGGGCGCGAUAUACACGCGGGCCCCCGUGGUGCCCCCACCGACGGAGGUAGCGCGGACCAAUGCACUCAACAAUAACGUGUGUUACACGGAGAAGUUGCCCACAACGGCCGUCGGGAAAGCCCCGGUGGUGGCGCCGAGGAAGACGGUAAUACAAGCCUCUACCUCGGAAUUGCUCAAGUGCCUGGGGAUGUUUCUCCAUUCGCGAUGUCACCGGCUACGGGACUUCCAAGCGGGAGAUGCUGUGAUGUGGCUGCGGACGGUGGACCGUUCAUUGCUACUCCAAGGCUGGCAGGACGUGGCGUUCAUCAACCCAGCUAAUGUGGUCUUCGUCUACAUGCUGGUCCGGGAAUUAGUAGACGGGGAGAGAAUAGCUCGGCCACAGGAGCUCCAAGCCGUCGUCUUGACAUGUCUCUACCUCUCAUAUUCCUACAUGGGCAACGAGAUCUCCUACCCACUCAAACCUUUCCUCGUCGAGGACUCCAAAGAUAAAUUCUGGGACCGCUGCCUCUUAAUCGUCGAUAGACUGUCUUUUAACAUGUUAAGAAUCAAUUCCGAGCCGGGUUUCUUCACCGAGGUGUUCACGGAGUUAAAGGCUUGUGGGGUCAUUGAGAGCCCUCCCCCUGCACCGCCCCAUCCCGCCCCUGCACCCCCGCAUGCCUUAACGGCCGCCUGACAUACAGAGGUCGCCGUCCUGAGGCUAGCGUUGACAGACAGGCCCAGUCGUGUUUGAUGUCGGCUUCUAACUGCCGAGAGUCUUGGUCGAUCGGCGAUUGGCUACGAAUGGUCUUAUAAUCGCAUUACAAACAUUUAAUACUUACAAAUUAAGUCAAGUUAAAGACCUAGGUAAUGCAACCUUCGUGAGUAGUAUUUGUUUCAGAAAUGGAAAAGAUUUGGUCUUUGCACUGACACGUGUUAAAUGUCACCAUAUGGUAUAUUCAUAAUGUUGUGGUAAAAUUAGAUUGUAUUAUAAAUGCAUUGCUACGAAAAUACUACUCUCUACGCCGUAGCAUAAUACACAGUGCGAUGUUGUAAAUUACAUUCGCCGAUUGACCAUAGACCCGAAGCAGAAUAUUAAUUUGAUCUAAACGCAUAUUUUAGCGUCUCGAGCAAUUUCAAGUUAAUUGUGAUAAAAAUAAUGAAAGAGCUAAUUAAAUAGCGAAUUUAUAAGAAAUGAUGAUCCUCAAAUCAUUAACGAAUGAGAAUGAAUGAAGUCCCAGGAGUCACGUAUGUGUAUGUAUAUAUUGUUAAUAUAUGUAUUAAACGUAAUAAUGAACUUAUUGCUAAAGUUGUGAAUUAAUAAUCACAUUAGAGAUACUGUAGUAAAUACAGACGUAAAGUGCGUAUUUUAAUAUAAUAAUUAUAAUACUCUGCGGUAUAAAUACUUAACCAAUAUGAAUUAUGGACAACGAUGUCAACCUUUAAAACAUACGGCGUUUACCUGGGACCUUUAAUAAUUUCAUACAAGGCAUUAGUCUCUUCUUGUAGCUACGUAUUCAUGUCUAUACAAUACUCUAGGUAAUAUCUGAUUGUCAUGUUAACGUGAGCAGUCUUAGUCCAAUAGAUCAGCGGUUAGCCAGUAAGAGUUUCGUGUAGUAGAAGAAUCGUAUUGAAAAUUAGUUAGAUAAUAGGAAAAGCAGGCGGGGGGGUUGCAAUAAGGCUCCGGAUAUCCGGUCAAGUCCUUCAGAUAAAAGUACGUACGGCCGGCUCAAAGCACGUUCCGUCUUCAAGUGCUAAUUCUAGUGGGAGAAAGGUGUGUCAUCGCGUUCCGCCAUGUCUGUUCUUUUAACUAUACAUUCGUUUCAAAAGACGUUACAUUAUCUCAGUAUCAAUUAGCAUUUUGAGACGGGGUCUAAGUUUAAUAUAGGUCAAAUUUUGCGAUGUUUUGUACAGAUACAGACGUUAAACUAAGUAUUUAAGUGUAGUCUUUUAAAAGAUUAUUUCCCAAAAAAUUCUUGCGAUAUUUUGUUCGAUGGGAACUAAUGUUUUAUAGGCGAUUCGAUAUAAUUGCUUCGCAUGGCACUCGGAAUACUCAAAUAGUCUAGAACAGCUUAUAGAAGGAUUUUAGGACGGAUAAAAAUUACGUAUAGUAUAAUCUAAUUAUAGCCAAUAACACAAUUACAACAUAUACAAAGUUAAAAGACCUGUUUAAACCUGUACGACAUUAUUCUCGUUAAUUAACAGUUGAUGAACGGUAAUUUAAAUGUUGUCUAAAAUUCACCGAGUGCCAAUGACAUCUAGUCAUUUUAAACCUAAGUAAUAAUAGAAUCUCAGUUAAACUCAUAAUUGUUCGUGUAAGGUAGUUGAUUGUAUGUAUUGUUUCGUGUAUUUUUUUGUUAUUAGCGUAAUGGUAAGAUUAAUGUUAGUAUUAUGCUGCACAUUUCGUUGGUAUCUACAUAUCUCUGGAUUUAAUAAUAUCGAGGGAAGCCGACAGUAUUUGCCGAGCACCGGUGGUGCGCUAAAGAAAAUAAUAAGUUGACAUUCAGAAAAAAGUAAAGAGUCAGCCUUAGCCCUAAAUCCUUUCUGAAUCUUAUCCAUAGCGCUAAAUGCUCCAUGAAAAAUAUGCGGGAGGAACUACCUGUUUUGUUUUUCAUCCAAAGCUCGUGUAAUACCAAAAUGAUAAUCUUAGAUGUCGUUUAAGUCUUAUUAAUUUGAUAAUCUAAACUACACUAAUGGUCUGGUUCAUGUAAUCUUUCAGGAUAUAAAGCCGUUCAACACGUCUAGUUUAAGACUAAAAGUUAGGCCAGUAAUCUAAAACGUGGAUUAGACGCAAAUCUAGAUUUCAGCAUUUUGUCUGGAAAAAGUUCGCUAUUAUUUCCAGCACUUAGAUAGUUUUCGAAUGUUCAAUGUUUGAUAUUUCGAUUUUUGUAAUAGUAUAGACUGUUUUGUAAGUGUACUGAAUGUGUAUCGACUCGAACACUGCUAUGAGUUUGCAGCUGUGAGUCCGCAAGUGAAUCCGAUGUGAAGUUUGGAGGAUGGUUUAUGACCAAAAUGUCCAAUUCGCUUCUAAUUAUUUUCCAGAUUUAAUUCUUAUAAUAUGUAGAAACGAACGAAUAUAGUUAAGUAAUUAUCUGUACAUUCCAAUUAAUAAAGUAUAAGUCUGUUAAGCUCACCAUUAAAAUUGUGUAUUACUUCUCAGAUGUAAUUCUAACGGUUUUACGAAUUUAUAUGGAAUAGUCACGUGAAAUCUGGCCAAGUUGUAAGCCGAGACUAAUUAUUGCGUUUGUGAUCACGCCUGUCGCAAAAUUAUUUCGUCUAAGACACCUGACACCUUAGCGCGAACGUUAAGCUAAUAUCGUCAUGUAUUUGUAUACUUUACAACAGAUAUUCUAUUAAAAAUAUGCUGUUUAUAUCCAAAUACAUUCCUUAAGUUUCACAAACGAAAAUCUGUCUUUUACGAUGGCUAUUCGAUUAUGUUCGUGCUAGGCUCUGAGCUAUGUAUGAUCUGUUAGUGCAAUAAAAAAAAUGUAUGAGACCUACAAGUGUGAAUACGUUAGUAAUUAAAAUGGUACAAUGAAAACUUCUUUUCUCAUACUCACAUUUGUUAUUACCAUUCUGUAAA